UCUAUUAUGUAAAAUGUUUUUCAGAUAAAUGUCUAGAAUUACUGAUGCUUUAUGGAAAAAACUCUUUGUAUCCCGAAUACAAAAUUUUCUACCCAGAAAGGAAGAAAUGCUUUUGAAAUGUAUUAAGCAAAUAGUUUUCCUCUUCAUGACUGUGUUUGGAACUCUGGGGAACAUUUCUGUUUCUGUGAAUUAUAUGUUCAGUUGGUGGGGGAGCACUGAGAAGAAUCCUAUACAACUUAUUCUCAUCCACUUGGCUUUUACAAACAUCAUAAUGCUUCUUGCAACAGGAUUGCCAAAGACAAUGGCAGAUUUUGGUUUGAGAAACUUCCUAGAUGACAUAGGAUGUAAGAUCCUCAUUUACCUGUCAAGGGUGGCCCGUGGGGUCUCCAUCUGCACCAGCAGUUUCCUUACUGUGGCCCAGGCCAUCAUCAUCAGUCCCAGAGCAUCUGGAUGGAGGAGGCUCAGACCACAGUCUGCACGGCACAUCCUUCCAUUCUUUUCAUUCUUUUGGAUAUUCAAUGCUUUAAUAGGUAUGAACCUAAUCUAUUCCGUCACAAGUACAAGCCUAAAUAUAUCACAGUUUAAGAGUGAAAGCAAUUAUUGCUAUUUUAUGCAAGAAAGUCAAAAAACAAAAUGGAUUGUUCUCCCUCUCAUGGUCCUGAGAGAUGCUGUGUUUCAGGGAGCCAUGGGAGCGGCCAGUGGCUACAUGGUACUUCUUCUCCACAAGCACCACCAGCAUGUCCUCUACCUUCAGAACUCCAAGCUUCUCUACAGAACUCCCCCUGAGCUGAGAGCUGCUCAGAGUGUCCUCCUUCUGAUGCUCUGUUUUGUUUUCUUCUAUUGGACUGACUGUGCUUUUUCUCUAUUUUUAAGUCUCUCUUCAGUGGACAAUGCCUUGAUGGGAAAUAUUAAAAAAUUUCUGGCACUUGGUUAUGCAACUUUUAGCCCCCUUAUGUUGAUUCACAGGAAAGAACUUUUGCCUGACUGUUGGCAUGCCCAGUGGGAAAAAUUGAGAAACUAUCUCUUCUAUUUUUCUAUUAGAUGA